AUGCGGAGCAACCUGUUUGUAGCCAUCCUGGCCCUCAGCCUGAUCCAGAACUGCGUGGCUGUCUGUGAGAAGUCACAGGAGCAGGCGGUGCCUGGUGGGGGCCGCAGCAAGAAGGACUCGGAUCUCUACCAGCUGCCCCCGUCAUUGCUCUGGAGACUCUUAGACAGCCGCUCAGUCUCUCUGGAGGGGUUGCUCAAAAUGCUGAGCAAGGCUAGCGUGGGUCCUAAGGAAUCAUCACUUCCCCAGAAACGUGACAUGCACGACUUCUUUGUGGGACUGAUGGGCAAGAGGAACAUCCAGCCAGCCACUCCUACUGAUGUGAACCAAGAGAACGUCCCCAGCUGUGGCAGCCUCAAGUAUCCUUCCAACGCAGAAUGA